AUGGGGCGCGUCCUCGUGGCCGCCGUGGACGACUCUCCACACUCCCAGGGCGCGGGGACGUGGGCGGCCCUGAACUUUGCUCGUCCGGGCGACGAGCUACACUACGUUUCCAUUGCGCCUCCGCCCUCGUAUGCAAUGACACCAGCGGCACCGAUAGCCAGUGCAGGAGCGGUGGCGGCCCUGUCCAUCAACUGGGAGCAGCAGCGCAAGGCGGAUGAGGAGCUCUGCCGCCAGCUGCUGCACCAGGCGGGUGGACCGCUGCGCGCCUGCGCUCGUGGUGCGGGCUGGUGCAGCACACCCAAGCUGGUGGACAAGCUGCCCGAGGGCGUGAAGGAAGGGCUGGACAUCCACCGCCACGUGCUGCCGGCUGCCGGCGGCGCUUCAGGCGUGGCUGAGUCGGUGGUGUGCUUUUGCAAGGAAAAGGGCGCUGACCUGGUGGUGGUGGGCAGCAGGGGCAUGGGUGCGGUCAAGUCGGCAAUCAUGUCGCUGGUCGGCCUGGGCUCCGUAUCAAGCUACCUGGUUCACAACAUGCACGUGCCCGUGGCGGUCUGCCGGGGCAGGCCGGAGGACGUGGAGCGCAAGGCCCGUCACAAGGUGAUGGUGAGCCUUGACGACUCGGAGACGAGCAGGACAGCGCUGGAGUGGGUGGUGCAGAAUGCGCUGGGGCCAGAGGACGAGCUUCACCUGGUGUGCGUGGCGCUGCCCAUCCCGUACCCGGUGAGUGCAUACGUGGACAACCACCUGCCGCAGCCGGAUGUGCAGGGCUGGCGGCAGCGGCAGCGUGCCGCGCUGCGUGAGGCGGAGGCCGUGACGCGCCGCUCGCUGCGCCGCGUGCUUGCUGAGCGGGAGGCGCAGGUGAGUCCAGCUGAGGAGUACACCUCGCCGCCGCUUCCCCCUGACGAGUGGGAGGCCUCGUAUCGCGGCUCCAUGCAGCACACACAGGCCACAGUGGCCGCCGCUGUGGAGCACGCCAGCGGGCCGCUGCAGAUAGUGGCCGAGGAUGCUGUGUCUUCAGAGGUGCUGGAGGCGGAUGAGUUUGACAGCGCCCUGCAAGACAGCAUACACUAUGCUCGCGAGGUUGUUAGCCAGGCGGUGGAUGCGGCAGCCGUCAAGGUGGACAAGGCAAAGAUCUUCUUCAAGGCACUGGCGCCAGAGGGCGGCGCAUCAGGCACACCCGCUGCCCUGCCCUGCCCUGCCUGCUGCGCUGCCUCGCCUGCCGCGCUGUCACUGCUGCUGCUGUGCCAGAGUGAUGUUAGCUGCUCGCUUGUUAUCGCAGAUGUUGGGGAGUCGGUUGUCCACUACGCGCGAGAAAAUGGCGUGGAUCUGGUCGCAAUGGGCGCCCGCGGCAUGGGCAGCUUCAAGCGUGCCAUGAUGAGCUUUGUGGGGCUGGGCAGCGUCUCGGACUACUGUGUGGGCAGGCUGGAGUGCCCCGUCAUCGUCGUCAAGAGCUGA